CCACAGACACACACACAGCUGUGAGGGACACGGGUGUCUCUGAGCAGACAGAUGAGACACAGUUGUCUCUCGGCAGACAGGCCUCUGUGCUGUCUUCUCUCAGGAGACACUGGAGUAUCUGGUGUAAACAGGAGGAGGGUCAGCUGAGGAGAAAGUUCACAGUCUGAGCCGGACAGUCACCACUGAAUGUAAACGCAGCAUGGCGGCCAAAGAGGGAGUCUGCUCGGCCGGACAGAGCCAGCUCCAGGACUCCUCAGACUCGGACUCGGAGGCGGAGGGGGAACACGCUCGGGGUGCCGGCACCGGGCCGUCCGCCGGCUCCUUCCCCCGCACACAGGUCAUCCACAGCGGCCACUUCAUGGUGUCGUCGCCGCACAGCGACUCCGCGCCGCGCCGGAGGAAGAGCGGCGGGUCUAUGAGAUAUGACUUUGACACGGUGAACAGGACCUGGUGCCAGACGUACCGGUACGGGCCGCUCAGCUCCGGGAGCCUGAGCAUCGACCCCACUCUGACCCGCCUGUUUGACUGCAUGUCCCUGGCCUACAGUGGUAAGAUAGUCUCUCCAAAGUGGAAGUCCUUUAAGGGUCUGCGGUUGCUGUGGAGAGAUAAGAUCCGUCUGAACAACGCGAUCUGGAGAGCUUGGUUCAUUCAGUAUGUUGAGAAGAGGAAGAACCUAGCGUGUGGGUUUGUCACGCCGCUGGAGGGCUCAGAGGCAGAUGCACAUCGAAAGCCUGAAGCCAUUGUAUUAGAGGGCAGCUACUGGAAGCGAAGGAUUGAAGUGGUGAUCAAGGAGUAUCACAAGUGGAGGAUUUACUAUAAGAAGAGGCUUCAGAAAAAGAAGGAUGAUAUUUUAUCAAUGCUACAAGAGGGUCAGAUCUGCCAGGCCAAGCUGGAGAAAUGGUCCAAUCAGAUGUACCAGGAGCCUGAGGCUGCGCCGGCGGAGGUCCACAUGUUUGACCUGGACUGCCUCCUGUCCGAUAUCUCCGACACCCUGUUCACCAUGACACAAAAGCAGCCAUGUCCCUGGGCCAGUGACCGACACGACACGUACACCAGCAAUGCUGAUAUGAUCCAGCCAGGCCUGACUCCACUGCAGCCCAACCUGGAUGAUUUCAUGGAUAUACCAGAUAUCUUUAUGAACUACAGGGGCCAGCCCGCUGAGCAGACUGGUUUUGCUGACUGUGGCUAUUUUGAGAGCUCACCCAACACAGCGUUCGCUCCAGUUCCCUCCCCUGUGGUGACAACUCCUCAGCUACUUAUCGACACCCAGCUGGCUCAGCCAAAUCUGUCAUCUGAGAAUUUGCGUCAGCCCUCCUCCUCUAACACCAGGCUAGACCAGACCGGGCCGGGCCAGGAUUGUGGUGAAUACAACACGUCUAGCAUCCCAUCAGGUGCCAUGCCGUAUGGACAUCAGUCAUACCCUGAUCCUUCCGUUUCUGUAGCAUUCAGCUCCAGCAUCGAGCAGCCGCCCUCUUCGAGUAUCGCUUUUUUCUACCCACUACCCUGCCACAAGUUUGGUUACUACACAACAACCAGCGUGACCCCCACCGUCAUCACUCACACCGCCUCCACCACGGGGGCCCAGGGCUCUGUGCACCAGGCUCAUGGCUACCCUCACACAGGGGACACUUACCCCCUGACUCCCUGCCAAUCACUCAGUUACUCAGCCACUGUGUCUGACCCGGUCCACGCAGCACAGCCCUCCGUCACCGCGGCCCACUGCUUCUCAGUCCCGGAGCAGGUGGCUGUCACAGGAGUCAGAGGGAAGCACAAGCAGAAGACAGGGGGAGUGAGGACAGUCAGUCCCUCGAUGGUCCCCCCGUCCACCACACCCACACCCACCAGCUGCCUGGCUAAGCUGCUCUCCUCCGGCACCCGUGAACGGAAGCCAGCACUAGGAUUUGAUGCUCCUCUUGUGGCGGUCAAAGGUCAGAGGUCACCAUCUCCCAGCUCAUCGCAGUCAAGCAGUAGCACACAUGUUGGAGAGACGUCAUCACAGCUGCAGCAUGAAGCUGGUUGGCCUGCAGGGAUCCCAGUGCUCACACCUCUUCACAACCAGAGUGCCACCCUGGGUCACAGUGGACCCCAUGCCAGCACCUCCAGAGGCUCAGCGGUUUCCGCCCUGCUCUCCCACAGCUCCACACAACCCAGCACCACCCUCCUUAUUCCCAAGACUGAGAAACUAUCUCCUGUGCAGCUCUACGGCACCGACAGGAGCAGCUUAACAGUUAAUUUUCCAGGACAUCCAGGCCAAACGUCACCACCAAACCCUGACUCCCCACACUCAUGCUUCUCAGCACAUGGGAAGAUAGAAUCAAGUAAGCAAACAGAGACCAGGAGGAUAACUCACAUCUCAGCUGAGCAGAAGAGACGCUUCAACAUCAAACUGGGUUUUGACACGUUACAUAACCUUGUGACAACGCUCAGCUCUCAGCCAAGCAUAAAGAUCAGUAAAGCCACCACGCUGCAGAAGACCGCCGAAUACAUCAGUAAGAUGCAGCAGGAGAGAGCUCAGCUGCACGACGAGGCUCAGAGACUCAGAGAAGAGAUCCAGCUCCUCAACUCUGCUAUCAAUGUGUGCCAGCAGCAGCUACCAGCCACCGGCGUGCCCAUCACACGGCAGCGCUUUGACCACAUGAGGCAGAAGUUCAGAGAGUACGUCCAGGCGCAGACACUGCAGAACUGGAAGUUCUGGAUCUUCAGUAUCAUCAUCGAGCCGCUGUUUGAGUCCUAUAAUGGAAUGGUGUCCACUGCCAGUGUGGAGGACCUGUGUCGGUCCACUCUGUCCUGGCUGGACCAACACUGUUCCCUGCCUGCCCUAAGACCCAUGGUUCUGAGUUCACUCCGCCUCCUGAGUACCACCACGGCCAUCCUGACAGACCCCAGCCUCCUGCCGGAGCAGGCCGCCGUCGCUGUCACCCAGGGCGACCCCGCUGCUGCCGCUGCCCUGCACCACUCCUUACAGCUUGCCACCCGGGACAACGUACACCCCAUGUGACCCUGACGAACACUCAGUGGAAACGCACAGGAGACCACGAGUCAGAGGAGGGCCGAUGGAAAGAUUGAAAAAGACUCAGAGACUUUUAAUAAUGCAUAAUCACAUUCCAAUAAAACUCACCAGCUGCAGAAAGAAUGUAUCCCAGUUCACCCAAAAAUCACAGGAGCUACAUGUGAUCUGUGCUUAAAUUCUAAUGAAAGCAUAAUGUUCUGUACACAUGUAGUUAUUUCUCAGACGUAAAAUCAUUGUGUUUAAUUUAAAUAAUUUGGUUACAUCAACUGACGACUGCAUUUAUUCUCAUUCCUUUCACAUCUCAGGUUAACUUUACUGUGCAUAUUACUGCCUUCAGUUCACCUCACACCUACCUUACACUGUGCCAGUAUUAGAAACAAGGAAGAGAACCUGAAUAGCUUUAAGUGACAGGGGUUAUUUCAGAAUAUUAAGUGGAUCUUAAAGGUCUGGUGUAGGAUUUAGUAACAUCUAGAGCACUGAGGUUGCACAUAGCAACCAGUUAGAACUUCUCCCAUGUGUCAAGUGUGCAUGGAUGUAUGAAGAGAACUCAAUACAGCGUUCAAUACAAUGAAAGUUGCUCAGUGGCACAUGUAGUCAAAAAAGACUGACAUCCGGGGCAAGCACGCUAGAGACUUCACCAGCCCAGCGGCUAACCUCCAGUUUAGCCCUCUGAUGACUUGAAUGGGGAUGAAAUUAUUUAAUCAUGCAGCUUUUCUAGACUUUCAAAAUCUUAUCGGACCAAAUGGAUCAAAUCCUGAUUGUGAAACAAGUCAUGGAUUGUGACGCUCAAAAAAAUUCAUCUACUGAUUUAUAGACGUCUUUUUUUCCUAUGUAAGUUUAUGGGAAAAUGUGUUUUUGGG